CCAUCAUCCUUCUGAGUGGCCGACAACAUGAGCUUUACAUUUCAGUCAAGCUUCCAGUCAAGCUUCCAGACCAUCUCCGGCUUCAGCGUCCCCUAUGUGAGUCUUAUCUCUGGAGGACUGAAAGCUGGGAAAGCCAUCUUCAUUCAGGGAGCGGUUCCCUCUGGAUCUGAUAGCUUUGUGGUCAAUCUGAAGUGUGGGGAGUCUGAAGGAGAUGACAUUGCCUUUCAAAUCAAACCCCAGUUUAGCAGCAACUGCAUAGUCCUAAACAGCCGGCAAAAUGAGACAUGGGGACCAGAGGAGAAACUGGAAUUACCUUUAAAACAGGAGAGCAGCUUUGAUCUGAUCAUUGCCGUAAAUUCUGAAAAUUAUCAGGUGUAUAUGAGUGGAUGCGAAGUUGGCCAAUUUCAGCAUCGUAUAUCUUUGGAACGUGUCAUCGCUCUGAGUGUUGCAGGAGAGGUUUCUUUAACAAACGUGGUGUUCACUGAGAGCUUUGCUGGAUCCUCCAUCUUUGGGCAGGGCGGAAGUAUGAUCCACUCACAGAAUGGGACUAUGACUUUUGAAGAACAUUCAUUUGUGCUGAAUGGGAGCGGGUCUUUGAUGGUCACCGAAUGUAAUCUGUCAGCUAUCCAACCACCGACUGAACUUUCAUUGAGCAACCCAGUCCAAAAUCCUGUGAGUAGCAGAAACUUUCCAGGGACUCAGAACAAAAUAAAGUGCAAGCACUAAAAGAAACAGCAGUGAAAAAAAAAUGUGCAGUAGUUUUGCUAUUUGUUAUGCCUCUUUAAAAUUAUAAUAAUAAUUAAAGCCGCAAGCAGCAUUUACCGGGGUUCAAGCAUUUAAGGCCUUUAAGCACAUAUGCGUAAAAAGAUAUUAAGUUUUAUUUAGCAAACAUGUAACCACUUAAUUCAUAGAAGGAACAGCUAUGCCAUAUGCUUAAACAAACACAGAGAAAGAAAAGGCUUAAACAAUGAUACUUGAUACUCACUAAGCAUGCUUACACACACACACACACACACACAUAAACACACAGACACACGCAUAUUUUCUUGUAGAUUUAGUAUUUGAAAUACAUGAUGGGUAACAAUGUUUUCUGCAAAUCUCAGUAUAACACCAUUUUCGUGUUUCAUUUUACUCAUAAUGUGGCACAACCGUCAAAAUUAAUACUCGAAAGGAACUGAAGUGAUGAAUUUGACCAAAAAAGUGAUAGUAAAUGUUAAAAUAGUGAUUUUAGAAAGUCUAAAUGGAAUUAUAGAACAAUAUUAGUGAGUAUUAUGACAAAAUGACUUUUAAACAGCAGGUGUCAGCAGAGGACCACUUACUGGCUCAAUUUCAUUCUAAAAGUGUUCUGUGUUUCAAGUACAUUUUCCAUGUUAACUCCAUUAAUUAAACGUGCUGACACACACAUUUUGUUGCAUAUAUGGAUAUUUGAAAUCAAUGAUAUGUAAGAAAAUGCUUAUUCCAGGUUUCCCUUUUAAAAAUCAUAAUUUUCAGGUCUCAAUGUAAUUGUAAUGUUAUAUUAUUGCAAAAACAUUCAACAAAUGAACAAAUGAAGUGGUAAA